AUGUUAGAUAGGUUUACGAUGUCGUUUGACCAUUGUAGAAUUUUAACACUGAGCUCUACCACGUUGGUGUCGCGUGUGGAGUUUGCGCAUGUGUAUUUGUACCUCGGAUGUGUGAGUCAUAAAUGCGCUAACAUUGAGACCUAUGCGUGUGGAUACUCCAAGAUAAAUAUUCGUGCUAAUGAAGGGGGAGUUGAGGAUUCGGGAACCCUGUGUUGGAGGCUGGAUGAUCGGAUUAAGGGGUUGAAUAAACACGAUUCACGACACACGCAUCUGUAUCGUCUUGCAAUUUUUACCCGUACUGUUGUUUGCUCUCUGAAACAGCAAACUACACUCCCUGUUGUUGAGGUGGUUAAUUACGCUGGUCAUAUUUUUGUCAGUUUGCUAAGACUUCAUGGGACGAGCGUUUAUGUAGUGUUUUCUAAGCUCAAUGAGUAUCUGAAAAUGCGAACUCUUUCAGAAGUGUGGCGAUUGUUUCAAAUUGCCACCUUAUCGUCUGGAUCUGUGGCGUUCAUUUUUUUUACUUCUAUUACACAAAACUCCAAAGUUCACCAAGUACGCGAGCGUAUAGAAGAAUGUUCAAGUAUACUUGAUGAACAACACAUAAUUUUCAUGGCACUAUACUUUGGAUGA